AUGCCUUCUCAUAGAGAUAAUGAGCGCCGUUCACGUCAUGACCGUUCACGCUCCAGAGACAGAAGAGAACGUUCGCCUACCCCAGAAAGUGGCUACGACCUUCCGCAAGGCGUCUCACCCAUAUCGGAGUCGGACUACUUUUUGAAAAAUACGGAGUUUAGACUAUGGCUAAAGGAGGAGAAGCACAAGUACUUUGAUGAGCUCUCGAGUGAGAAAGCUAGGAGCUACUUCCGAAAGUUUGUAAAGGCAUGGAACAGAGCGAAACUACCGAAGUCCCUAUACUCCGAGGCCGGCUCCUAUAUAUCAUCAGCAGCAAACCAAACGGCUUACAAAUGGUCUUUCGCAUCUAAGGGCUCAAAUGUAGACGCAGGAACCUUGAAGGCCGUUCGAGAAGAGGUUGAUUCCGCGACGUACCGGCGUGCUACUAGUUCAUCCGAUACCGGUGGAAGUCGAAGCCGCGUACACGGCCCAACUCUCCCUUCAGCGUCUGAUCGAGUCCUUGCCCGGGAAGCUGCGUCGGAGUAUCAAGCAGCAGAACAUAGCAUGAAGCGUAAACGAGAUCGCGCAGAAGCGAAAGAGCGCGUCGAGGACAUGGUGGGGCCGAAAGAGGUCGGUAGAGAGGGCAUGCUGGAGAAGAAGCGUGCCCGGAGAGAGGACGACCGUGCAUUUAGGGAGAAAGGUGAUGACGGCUUUGAAGCCGACGAGUCGACCCUCCUCGGUGGUGGGGAUAGUUUCAGGGACCACAUUGCUCGGCGAGAUGCAGCACGGAAACGAUUCGAGGAGAAGCGUUCUGCAGGGAAAGAAGAUAAAACUGCUGGUGUACGCGAACGUGCUGCGGCCUUGCGAGAGAAGGACAAGGCUACGAUGGACAUGUUUCAACAGCUGGCAAAGCAGAGAUUCGGCUAA